GCUCGGAUCAACUUCUGAAUCUGGAUGCACCGACAGUCCGCUCCUCAAUGUCGGGGUUCACCCCGUCCUCGCCAGGAGCCGGAGAAGGAGGACGCCGAGGUGGAGGCGGAGGAAUUGUGAUGGCCGUCGUGCCAAGCAUCGUCGAGCCAGUAUCAAUCGUGACAUCGGCUGGCGUUGCCGAUGUGGCCAUGGCAACAACCCCUUCUCCCGACGAACCCUCGGGGCCUGGCUUGGACUUGGCAUCGCCCACCACGGCGCUGCGCUUGGCAGCCGGCUACGGCAGGCGGUCGCACCGCAAGAGUCGCACCGGUUGCGCCCGGUGCAAGGCGCGCAAGAUCAAGGCGAGUCCGAGUCCGACCCCAAUACAACUCCGAGCCAGACCCCGAGGCCGACCGACCUAGUUGACGUUGCAAUGCUAACUCCUGCCACCGCUAGUGCGACGAGCGGCACCCCUCCUGCCUCAACUGCAUCUCGCACGGCGUCGAGUGCCCGUUCCUGGCGCUCAAGACGGCCGACACGCCCGUCCGGGCCAACAGCCGAAAGACGCCGUCGUCGGCAUCGUCGCGGCG